AAAAGGCAAAAAAAAAAAAGAUCAAAACGGUGACAAAUUGCUAAAACAAAAACACAUAUCCAUCGACAAUGGCAGCCAAGUUUCUCGCGAUAAAUGCCGUCUUCGGCCUCUCAAAGGCUUUCCCUCCAACCCUUUCUCUCAGACCAUCAAGAAGAGUCUCCAGGGUCUGCUUCACCUCGGCCUCCAAGCACUCUGAUGGACGAAAUGCUUGGGAAGAGUCGAGAGAUUCGAGGGACUGGAAAGACCCUGACGAGAUGACGAACAGGGCAAAAGAAUCCAUGAAAGAAGGAGAGGAGAGGAGUAAAGAAAAGGCGAAAGAGAUGAAAGACAGAGCCAAAGAGUACACGGAGGAGACGAAGGAGAAGGCCAAUGAAGGAGCGUACAAAGCGGCGGAGACGGCGGAGAGCACGAAAGAGCGAGCGAAAGACUACACGGAAGCGGCGAAGGAGAAGGCCAAGGAGGGAACUAAUAGGGCGGUGGAGACGGCGGAGAGCGCGAAAGAGAAGGUCAAAGACGCGGCGGAGACGGUGGAGGAGAAAGCGAAGGAGGGGACAUAUAAGGCCGGGGAGACGGCGGAUAGCGUGAAGGAGAAGACGAAGGAGGGGACGAGCAAGGCUGCGGAGACGGUGAAGGAGGGGACGAUGAAGGUGGCGGAGGCGGUGAAGAGCGUGGGGGAGAAGGCGAAGGUGACGGCGAAGAGCGCGUGGGACGCAGCGAAGGAGACGGUGGUGGGGCCGGAUGAGGAACCGGAGGAUAAGGUUGGAGGGAAUACUAUGGAUGAGGAUGUAGCGGAGCCGAGGAAGCGUGGAGGGCCUGAUGAGAAGACUUAUUGAAAAACAUUUCAAAGUGUUUUUUUGAUUGAGCUUGUUAGCUCAUGAAUCAUGAUAUAUGAUGUUCUUUAAUUUCCCUUUAUUACGCAAAAAACAAAUAAAUUAGCGGUGUACAUCAAAGACUUCGUUGUGUUGA